AUGUCACAGUCACAACCGGCCGACGUUUAUCCUAGUCCUAAUAUCCCAACACAAUCUUCAUCUCAUUCAAAUGGAUCAUUCGGCCCCGUCCUCAUAGUCCUGGGAGUGAUACUCGUUCUACUUCUUAUUUCUAUUGUUCUCGGACGCAUUUGCAACCGGCGCUACCACAGCUCGAAGGGGCAGCGAUCCCGCGGCCAUUCAUCGCACAAAAAGGCAAAAACAGCUAAACCAAAUGGCAAGUUUCACCAUCAAGCAGGAGGUGGGGACAUCGAGUUUGGAUUUGACAAAAGAUUCGCAUCCGCUAAAGUUGCUGCCAAUGGAGAUCAUUUCGCAGUGCCUAAGAUUAUGCCCCAUGGGCGCGAACCCAAAGGACCAGUGAGAUUUGCAGAUGAUCAUAUAGAAUUCACAGCUGGUCCAUGA